AUGACCCUUCCUACCACUCAAACAUCAGACGAUUGGUGUGACCUGAAGGACAACUACAGCAUGCUCUUGCAGGGAAUUGUUGACCAUGAGAUGAGGUUUCUUGACAUUGUAACUGGUUGGCCUGGGGGCAUGACGGUGUCUAGACUUUUAAAGUGUUCAGGAUUUUUCAAGCUCUGUGAAGGUGGACAGCGUUUGAAUGAAAAUUUAAAGGGCAUCAUCUUGGUAUGUUGGAGAAUCCUUAACAAGGUUAUGUGGAGAUCCGAUAAGCGGAAACUUCCGAGCAUCAUCUUGAUUUGUCUGAAGGCAGAUGAAAGAGAUGUAUACGAGUUAUUCUCAAGGGCUGGCAAGGUCCGCGAUGUACGCCUCAUUAUGGAUCGCAAUUCAAGACGUUCUAAGGGAGUUGGGUAUAUUGAGUUUUAUGAUGCAAUGUCGGUACCUAUGGCGAUUGCACUUUCUGGUCAGCCUCUUCUUGGUCAACCACUGAUGGUGAAGCCAUCAGAGGCUGAGAAGAAUCUGGUUCAAUCAACAUCUGUGGUUAGCGGACCAGGUGUGAUGAUAGGCCCAUAUUCUGGCGGAGCUAGAAGGCUGUAUGUUGGAAAUCUCCAUACCAAUAUAAAAGAAGAUGAUCUCCGCCAGGUUUUUGGAGCAUUUGGUCCUGUAGAACUGGUUCAGUUACCUGUUGAAGAAACUAACUGCAAAGGUUUUGGAGUUGUGCAGUUGCUUGCAGUUCUCACGUCUUGAAGAUUCUAGAAAUGCACUGAGUUUGAAUGGAAAAUUGGAGAUUGCAGGUCGACUAAUUAAGGUGUCAGCUGUUACAGACCAAGCUGGAAUGCAAGAUCUUGGAGCAAAUGGUGGUGAUUUUGAUGACGAUGAAG